GAGCCAUUUGGCUUUGAUGAUUAGAAAUAAAAAAUCCAAGUAAGCUAUUGAAUUUGUAGUCUGUUCUUGGGUUCGCAAUAGUGGAGAAACGCUGUUGCCUCGUUCUGGCUUUGGCACUGCAUUCAACCAAAAUGGGCCAUUAGUUGGUUAAGAUUGGUAGCUUUGUGUAAGUAGCGGAAUCCUUUGAGAUGACAGCAACCUAUGGUCACAGGCUCACAGCGGUCGAUCCGUAGUUGACCCCAUCAGGGGUUCAAGGAAGCAUGCAAUUUUCCCCAUUUUUGCAUCAUUCACAGCUAGUCUGAAGCUGUGCUGCACUACAGAAUGUCCACUGCCCACCUACGAACUCCAUUAAUUUUCUUGAUUCGCCUGAAGCUUGUAUGGCAGUGAGGAAGGAGAUGGCAACCGGAGAAGAGGAGCUUCACGGCGUUCUAAUCGUCGGCGGCGGAAUCUGUGGCCUUGCAACUGCGCUUGCUCUUCACAUAAAAGGCAUAGACAGCCUUGUUCUCGAGAAGGCUGAGAGCUUGAGGGCGACAGGGGCAGGAAUCAGCAUAAAAGUCAAUGGAUGGCGUGCGCUUGAGCAACUGAAGGUUAGCGAGGAGCUGCGGAAACUGGCCGUAAAUCUUACUGGAAUGGAUAGGAAGGACAUUCAUGAUGACAGGGUGAAGAAGGUAUCAUACAGGAGUGAAUGCCGGUGCUUGAAAAGAAGCGACCUUGUGGAAACACUGGCCAGACAUUUACCAGGAGGAUGUAUCCGCUUCGGAUGCCAGGUUGAAGCAAUUUCUCUUGACGCCGUUACCCGCUGUCCAAUCGUCUCAACCAGCGAUGGCUCAACUAUCAGAGCAAAGGUGGUGAUUGGUUGCGAUGGAGCAAACUCAGUGGUGGCCAAGUUCUUGGGCCUGAAGCCGACGAGAUCCCUGCCUAUGUGGGCAGCACGGGCCAUGACUACCAUUCCAGAAGGGCACAGCUUCAGGAACCGCUUUCUGAACUUGGUCUCAGAGGGUAUAAGCUUUCGGCUCGUACCCAUGGAUGACAAAACCGUGUACUUCGCUGCAAUCCAGCGCCGACCUCCCAAAGAGCGCACCAACAUCAGGGAUCCUGCGCUCAUCCGGCACGCGGCACUGCAGGCAAUGCAGGGUUACCCUGAGGACGUCCUCGACGUGGUGCGAAGCUGCGACCUGUCAACCAUGAGCCUGGCGCAGAUCUGCUACCGGCCGCCGUGGCACCUGGUGUUCCAGCCGUUCCAGGAGGGCACGGUGACUGUCGCCGGCGACGCCAUGCACGCCAUGGGGCCUUUCAUCGGGCAGGGUGGCUCGUCAAGCCUGGAGGACGCCAUCGUGAUCGCCCGGCGCUUGGCCCAGACGAAGUCCGACGACGGCGCCAAGGGCAUCGAGAAGGCACUCGUGUCAUACGUGAAGGAGAGGAGGGUGAGGAUCCUUAGGCUCUCCGUGCAGGCGUUCCUCAACGGACAACUCAUUGUCGCGACUUCCAAGCUCAUGAAGGUGUUGAUCAGAGCUGCCCUGGCGGUUCUCUUCGCAGGGAAUUCAGACAGGCACAGCGACUUCGACUGUGGUUCUCUCUAGCUAGUAGUACAAUUGUGAGACACAUCAUUCAGACAAGUUUACACGAAACAGUUUCCAUUCGUUUGCACUCUCUUCAAUACUAUGUUUUACUACAGAUUACUUUGAUACGCGUGAAAAUUGUAGUAGCA